GGGGGCCGGCUUGGAUCAGUUAGCCCAGAAAUAUCAUUGUCAUUGGAAGUUCUCGCAUCGAAAGUGAAAAUGCGUUCUGCGAUUUUGUUUGGCCUGAUUGUGUGCCUGGCUUUUAGCCUGGCUUUGUGCCUGGAGGAGCCUGAAAACCAAUCCAACGAUCUUUCGGCCGUGGAAAGGGAUAUUGGCCGGGCUGUGGAGUCCCAGGUGCGAGCCAAGCGUCAGUUGGGCUUCGGAGGUCCCUUUGGAGGAUUUGGGCCUCUCGGAGGAUUUGGAGGACCCAUUGGGUUCGGUGGUCCCUUCGGAGGCUAUGGUGGCUACGGAGGAUACGGCGGAUACGGAUACGGAGGCUAUGGAUACGGCGGCUACGGCGGCUACGGAGGAUUUGGCCACCGACGUCACCUUGGUUUCUUUGGCUAAACCUACUCCCCAACUUAAGCCACCAAUAAACGAAGACUGAAGUAUUA